AUGCGACCAACGUCGGCCGAGUACCUGGACCACUACCACCGCCGCCGGUCGCGGGCUCAACGCGCGUACGUGGCCCGGCAGAAGUCGCGCACGACAAGCCUCACGGACGAGGUCGAAGGGCUCUCUUAUGAACUCGCUCGCCUCGAGGGCAGGCGGGACGUCCUCUCCGAGAUGCUAUCGCAGUCGAUCGCGAUGAACGAGACGCGGUCGGAGCGGCUCAUGCGCGAGUACGUACGCAUGUUUGCACAUGGCUUCCAUCUGCAUGACGCAGCCAUGGCUGGCACGCAAGAGCGCUUCCUCCGCGCCAUCAUGGACCCGGCUAUGGUCUUUCAAGGCUUCUACUCGCUCGACACGUUUAUUCGCAUCUUCCAGCGCCACUCGUCAACGAUCUCAAGCUUUGUCAUGCGGUUCGUCUCUUGCGACGUCGUGCUGGCUGACGGCGAGAGGCCGCUCGCGUGCACGCUGCGGCUCGCUGUGCAGCAGCGCAUGACGCGCGAGUCGCUGGCGCUGUACUUUCCGCACAUCCUCCACGACGAGGUCCUCGUCCAGGAGCUCAUCGGACACACCAUGGAGAUCCCGCAGACGUCCGUCUAUUCCUUUGACGACGAUGGACGCAUCAUCGCGCACGACUCGAGCAUGGACCUCACUACCGCGCUUGCCAAGGUCUUGCGCUCGCUGGAGCGCGCGACUUUUGUAUUGGACAGUGGCCGACUCCCGGAUGCGCCACCAGAGCAUCCGCUAUGA